AUGUCCCACCCUGAUCAACAGUCCAAUAACACUCACCUAUUCCAAUCUCAAGAAAUAGGUGCCGUCCUGGUUUCGAACCUGCGCAAACAGGUUAUGAGCCCUGCCAAUGCAACCGACCUUAUUCCCAUUGAACUACUUGGUGUCCAAAACUAUGAUAUGUGGUAUCAUUACUUUAUGCAAGUAGUUGGUGAAGCCAGUCACAUUUGGUCAGAAUAUGUUGAAACUGGAGAUAUUCAAUCCGUUAGAAUUGAAUAUGGAUUACCUGAUAUUCAAAUCAAGUCUAUGAAAAUAAUCUUAGACACUAAUCUUGUUUCUCUUAUCAAAAAGAAUGUUUCUAAAGAUAUUGAGAAAAAGAUUAGAAACUCCUUCCUGAUGACUAAAAGAUCUGGUCCAACAGGAUUGUUACUUUUAGAGUACUUAAAAAAGAAGUAUGGUAGGAAAUGUGUUAAGUCCACCAUGCCUAUUUUUUCUGAAGUCAACUCCGCCUCCUCCAAACCUUUAGAUGAAAGAGGAGACUGGGCAAUAAAAUUUGUCAACACCAUGUUCAACUGUAGUGAUGAACUUGACAUCAAUAAUUUUUUCGACGAUCCUGCUAUUAAAUCUGCCGUUAGUGCUUAUCACGAGAAACUACAGGACGCCAUCGCUGCUCUGUUGUUGAUGGCUAUUACUCCAGAAUUAAAGCAAAAAUUUAAUGAUUUUUAUGGAUCGAGAACUACUAUUUCUUAUCAUGAAGUAGAAGAUAUGGUAGAGGAUCUGAAGACUACCAAACCUUCAAAUGUUUCUGCUAACGUAGCUGCUUUUGUUGCUCAGAAGAAGAGAUUCUACAACAACAACAAUAAUAAUAAUUACAAUCAAAAGAAGAAGAUUGUUUGCAAAGUCUGCAAAGCUUCUCACAAUGUUGAAAAUUGUCCUGAGAUUCAAAAAUUCUUAAGUAAGAACAAUUAUUCAAAGAAAACCGGCUCAUCGAAUAAUGAUGACUGGAAUGCUGGUAUGGUAAGCUAUAAUCAAAAUAGUUCUGAUUCCGGUGAAACUAUCUGGAUGGCUGUUGAUAUUGAAGGUAAUUGUUUCAAUGCAAGCCUCCCAGCUCCAGGCUCUUUCACUGAGAAAGAUAAGUCCACCUGGCUUUUGGACACUGGUUGUACUUCACAUUUGUGUUGUGACUUACAACUAUUUGAAAAUUUCAAUCCUUCCCGUAACACUAACAACAUUAGCGGUGUUGCAGGAAGUGUAGCCAUACAUGGUUAUGGUGAUGUUGUUAUUGAAGGGAUUAGACUAGUUCAUGUGGCCUAUGUUCCCGACUUCUCCAGUUAA